AGAGGAUGCAUCUCUUGCUGUUUAUGUCUCUCUCUCUCUUAGCUUGUUAUCUAGUUAUCUAUCUAAUGCUAACAACAUGAAGCAGUGUUGAGAAAACACGAUUCAUGUUCAGAACAAAUGUUCCAAGCUUGCCACAUAAUCGCAUUUUAUUGACUGCCCCAAGACUGUAACUAACAAACGUUAUUCCCGCAUUUGAUAAUCUGAUCGUUUUUGUAGCUAGAUAGCAUAACGUUACUGGCUUGACAAAUUCACAGCAAGCAACAGUGGUUCAACUCUACCAUUGAAAUCGUGAUGUAGAGGCAUCUCAAGGUCGGGGUUCGAAGACAGACUUCAGGUUGGAAAGUCGAGUUGGAUCAAAACGAUUUUCCCACUCGGAGUUCGUUUUUGGGCUAGUGAAUGACUAGCUACAGAUUGUACGCUAGAUAAUGUGAUAUAACCAAAUACUGGGUGGCAGGUAGCCUAGCGUGUUAGAAUGUUGGGCCAGUAACCAAAAGGUUCCUAGUUUGAAUCUCCUCACUGACAAUGUGAUACAUUUGUCGAUGUGUCAAUUCCCUACACCCUAAUUGCUACCCUGGCUGUGACCCCACUCCAAGGGUGUCUCAAGGAGAGUUGGGAUAUGCAAAAACACAUUUCCAAUUCACACGUGUAUAAUACACACUUGUACAUGUGUAGUUGGAUAAAUAUAAGCACCCACCAAAUUAUUAUUAUAAAUAAACGGCCGCUAUAGCUUAAAAAAAACAGCGAUAACUCAAAGAUAUUAAAUCUAUGUUUUGUACCGUGCAAGGAGGAUCAUCGCCAUCUUAGCUGCUGCACAUCUAGAGCAUUUGCCAGCAUCUUUGCAGGAACUAGGGUGUAGUCGUUUCUAUGCGUCACAGCCAUGUGUAGAAGUAGAUGUCUGCUCGUCACAAUGCGACCAAAAUAAAUAUCUACACACAUACAAGAGACAUAUCUCACCCAAUAAAAAACCUGGAUUUAAUAUCUUUCUGAAUUGUCUAUGUUUUUUGUAGAACCACCUGCAAUUGGAAACGGACAUUUCUAAGAUACUUCAUUCUCGAUUCGGUGAAAAAAGUAUCGCUAAGAACAGGUUAGUUAUAAAAUUCUAUGGCGGUGGUUUGUAUGGGGCUUUCCUGUAACAGCCAAUAAUGGACACCACAAAUAUUUGGUUAUAUCACAUUAUCAGGCAUACAAUCUGUAACUAGUGAACAACAUUACACCUGGGGUGCGUUCAGUAUGACAGAACGAUAUUCAAAGUUUAAUUAAACAGAAACAGUUCUAUACAGAAGGACCAGGAGUUUAGCAAUUUCAAAUGACCACAUCUUGCCACAUCCACCAAAUGGGAGCAAAUGUACUUCAAAGGCUGUUAAAAAACGGUGCAUGCUGUUUGGGGGAAAUGUGUCAUUCAGUACUACAAACUGUCACGAAACGUAGCGUUAAAUCGAACUAAGGGCAGCCCAGGGGUGUAUUCAUUAGUCGGACACUAUUGCAAAACAUUUUGCACCAAAACAAGAUGAUUUGCAAUGGAAACCUAUUAUAUUCUAGAAAUGACCUGUGUGAUAUGACAAUGCUGAUAAGCUGUUGCACUUUCAAAUGAAUUGUGUAUUGAUUUAAUUGUUUUGUAUUACCUCUUUAACUAGUUGCCAUACAGAGAGAUUUGUGAUGUAGCUACCAGUUGGUGGGAGUUGGCAACAAUCAAACAAUGGAAGAUGAUUCCCCGACUCUGAAACCCAGGCGCAUUCAGAACCAGAAUGUGGUCCAUCGACUGGAGCGGCGGCGGAUCUUCUCUGGCCGGGCUGCAGCCCACUGGUACCGCGGGCGCUGCUUCCACCAGAACCUUUUCCCAAACUUCACUGUGGUAAAUGUAGAGAAGCCUCCUUGCUUCCUACGCAAGUUCUCCCCAGAUGGACGCUGCUUCAUAGCCUUCUCCUCUGACCAGACCUCCCUGGAGAUCUAUGAGUACCAGGGCUGCCAUGCAGCGGAGGAUCUGCUGCUGGGGCAGGAUGGGGAGACCCUGGCCAACGGCAAUGACCAGCGCUCCCUCAACAUCCGCGGCCGCCUCUUUGAGCGCUUCUUUUCCCUCCUGCACGUCACUAACGUGGCCUCCAAUGGAGAGCACCUGAACCGAGAGUGCAGCCUAUUCACUGAUGACUGUCGCUAUGUGAUCGUGGGCUCAGCGGUCUAUGUGCCCGAGGAGCCCUCUCCACACUUCUUUGAGGUGUACCGCAACAACGAGUCUGUGACUCCCAACCCCCGCUCUCCUCUGGAGGACUACUCACUGCACGUCAUUGACCUGCACACUGGCCGGCUUUGUGACACCAGGUCCUUUAAGUGUGACAAGAUCAUCCUCUCGCACAACCAGGGACUCUACCUCUACCGUAACAUACUGGCUGUUCUUUCUGUUCAGCAGCAGACAAUCCAUGUCUUUCAGGUGACAUCAGAGGGGUUGUUUCUGGACGUGCGGACCAUCGGUCGUUUCUGCUACGAGGACGACCUCCUGACUCUGUCUGCGGUGUACACUGAGGCCCGGGCCGAGGGCCAGCCAGGCUUCUCCCGCCUCUACAAGGAGAAGACCAUCAACUCCCUGAAGCACAGACUACUGGUCUACCUGUGGAGACGGGCUGAGAAGGACGGCAGCGCCACCGCCAAGCGACGCUUCUUCCAGUUCUUUGACCAGCUGAGACAGCUGAGGAUGUGGAAGAUGCAGCUGCUGGAUGAGCACCACCUCUUCAUUAAAUACACCAGCGAGGAUGUGGUCACCCUGCGAGUCACUGACCCCUCCCAGCCCUCAUUCUUUGUGGUGUACAACAUGGUGUCGACAGAGGUGUUGGCGGUCUUUGAGAACACUUCUGACAAACUUCUGGAGCUGUUUGAGAACUUCUGUGACCUGUUUCGGAACGCUUCGCUCCACAGCGAAGCUGUUCAGUUCCCCUGCUCAGCCUCCAGCAACAACUUUGCACGGCAGGUUCAGAGAAGGUUCAAAGACACCAUAGUUAAUGCAAAGUAUGGCGGUCACACUGAGGCGGUGAGGAGGCUGCUGGGACAGCUGCCCAUUAGUGCUCAGUCCUACAGCAGCAGCCCCUACCUGGAUCUUUCCCUGUUCAGCUACGACGACAAGUGGGUAUCUGUGAUGGAGCGGCCCAAAACAUGUGGAGACCACCCCAUCCGAUUUUAUGCUCGGGACUCUGGAUUGCUGAAGUUCAAGAUCCAGGCAGGCCUGCUGGGCCGGCCCAUUAACCAUGCCGUCCGGCGGCUGGUGGCCUUCACAUUCCACCCCUUUGAGCCGUUCGCCAUCUCAGUACAGAGGACCAACGCUGAGUAUGUGGUGAAUUUCCAUAUGCGGCACGUCUGUGUAUGAGAAGAAAGCAGUGGACUAGACCUGGAGAACUGUGUAGAGCAAACAGCGGCCAUUCUGCCUUUUCCUCUCCCCCUAGUGUGAGGAACAAAAUAAGACUGGACUGUGGGAGGAUCCAGUUGAAGUUGAAAUGGGGAGCUUGGGAUGGGGGGGGGGAGGUGGAUUCCUUUCAAGACCAAAUAUGUUUUGGCUUGCUCUCAAAAUCUGCUUUUCCAUAUCACCACAUACCUUUGUUUUUGGUCAAAUGUUAUUCUUAGACAUGUAUUUUUAUUGUGUUUUAUUUCAAAAAGUGAUUUAAUCAUUGAUUGUGAUUCUUUAAGGUUAUUAUGAAUAUUUUGCUACAGUAAAAGCUAUUUUUCAUAAUAUG